AUGAAGGCCACCGCCGUCCUCGUGAAUCUCUUCGCCCUUGUCGUUAUCGGCAUUGACAGCGUCUCCGCUGGUUGCCAUGGCUCCGGCGACACCUGGCAGGAUGCUGGAGCCGCCCGCUCGCACGUCAAGAGAGUCUACAAGGGCUACUACGGCAACGCUAGGAGAUUCCAGGGCACUUUUACGCCUAGAGAGUCUCGCCACGUCUACGUUCAGCAUUCAGGCACGCAGAAGUUUGACUUCAUCAUUAGGAACGAGAACAACGGCAUAGCACUCGACCUAGGUGACGCUGAUUAUGUCCUUCGUCUGCAGAACGAAAUCAACGCCUGCCCUAGGGGUGAUCAGUCGUCCGCUCUCACAGUUCGAGGGCGAGUCACACGCAACUCCAUCAGGGCAUACCUUACAACUGGUAUUUCAUCCGUCGCUCCAUCUUGA